AUCAUUAGGAGCCGGGAGGAAAGAUUGCCAGAACCCUACAGCUGAGAGGGUUGAGGGAGGGCAGAGACAGCGGCGCAUAGCACCUCAAGUCCGAACAAGACUGGCGAAGUGAGAUGCUGAGAACUAAUGUUCUGCAAGGCGAAGUGCACCGGUCUUGGGUGUGGCUGAGUCCUGCAGGUGCCAAGCACGUGAUCGACUUAUGGCAUGAUACAGUAACUGGCGUACGCUCCGUUGCAGUGGGCAUGGAGGAAGUGCCCGGUUCCAUGGGCAGCUCACCCUUUUUCUCCGCCGAAGCGCACCACAUAAAUUUUACCGUGGGGCAAGACCAGUGUCGGGGAAUGGUCAUCAUCGAGAAAGCGGGUCUGUUCUCCUUUCGAUAUACGUGCGUGGUCAACGGCCGGCCGCUGAAGGCGACCCUGCAAGGGCUGGCGGAUGAGGACGAAGAGCGCUUCAACAUAGCUAUCCUGGGGGCAGCCAACGCCUACAGCAGCAAGGAGAAAUCGGUGACCUGGUACGAGUUGACGGUGACGCGCGGGUCGGACGGGGCUCGCACCUUAGUGCACAGACGCUAUCGAGAGUUUGUCUGCCUCUUCGAGCAGGUUCACGCGGCUUUCAAAGGCCACCACUUGCGCUCAAGCCUGCCCGAACUCCCGGGCCGACAGCUGAAGCUGCUCGUCGACCACAACGACACUGCCUUCGUGGAAGAACGCCGGCUCCUCCUUGAGACGGCGCUGGGGAAGCUGCUGAGCGUGCCGCACGUGGGUGCCAUGGUGCCAGUGCAAGUUUUUUUGGGCUUUUUCGAUCGGCUGAAGGAGCACAGCGUCAUUUUCACCCAGCGGGACCUGGGCCUGAGCAUCACGCGGACGGUGGUGCCCGAGGAGUCGAUCGUGGUGACGCGCGUGAAGGAGGCGGGGCCCGGGGGGCAGAAAAGCCGGGUCAUGGUGGGGGACACGCUCUCCAAGGUGGGCGGCGAGCCCGUCUCCAAGUUCGGGGGCUUCGAUGGCGUCGCCUUUCAGGUCUCGAGGGGGCUCCGGCCCAUCGUCAUCCAUUUCCUUGAACCCGUGGACAGGAACCCUUCGCACGAUUUCCUUCCCCCCGGGGAACCCCUCGACAUCCCACCCGUCCACGAGCAGCAGCGCCAGCGAAAAGCCGCGGCGCCGCACGCACAGUCUCCUGUCGCCCCCCCGCCCGUGGUCCCCACCCCCUCGGGCCUGCCCACGCGACUGGCGGCAACCACGUCGGUGGCGCUCGGGGAGGAAGCAUCGGGCGCCCCGACAACCCCGCCCGUAGCCCUUCCAGCCCAGUCUAAACCGCCUGUGGCGGCACUCCCACGCGUUGAGAUCCGAGUUCCUAGUCGCGGGCCUGCAUCGCGCCCCCGUCCCAAGCUGGGUCCUUCCGAGGAUGAGGUGGAACACUUGAAGAUCGAGCGCAUAUCCAGCAAGCGCGAGGGCCAGGACCCGAACAAGUUGCAAAGCGUGCUGGAAGCUGCUUUAGUGGAGGAGGAGAGGCGGUCGGAGGGACAAUUGAACGGCUCGCUGAGCACGUCCUUGUCCUCGGCGGGAGUGGGGGAGCCUAAAGAUCCUCUUUUCGAGCUGGAGACGAGCGGCCGGGGCGCCUCAGAAAUGGGCUCUACGACAGAGAACAAAGUGGCCAAAGGGCAAGCGACCGUGCCGACAGCGACGCAAGACAAUGAAACAGAGGGAGAAGGGAGCGGUGCUGAGAAUCCCGCGGCCCCUAUCCAGGCGUCAGAGUCGAGCUCGGGAGACACACUGGCCGAGGAAGGGCCAGACUCCGAUGCAUUGUCCCACGACCCUUCUGAACCUCUAGCUGCGCUUGCGCUUGACACGCAGGAGCUUGGAGAGCAGGAAAAUGCUGAGGAUGGGCCUGGAGUCACCGUGGAGGAGCCGCAUUCUCCAGUAUCCGCGCCGCCUCCUGUAGCUCCUGCCCCUCCCGCUUUGCCUUCUUACGAACCUCCCCCAUCCAUUCCUGCCGCUCAACCUGCCUCUGUUUCCUUGAUCAUCUCUUCUACCAGCUCUAGCGUUCCCUCUUCUACAUCCCACGACCCUCCUCCAUCCACUUCUGCAGUCUCCCUUGCCCCUGCCUCCACUCUUCGUUCUCUCUCGCCGCCUCUCCCUGUCAUUUUCCCAACCUCGAGCCCGCCGACCACUACCCAUCCGGUGCGUGCAGUUUGUGAAGCGGAGGAAAUGGCGGCGGCGGACGUUACCUCCAAAAUCUCCCACUUGACGGAUCAGCGUCAUGCAACGGAAGAUACCCUUGGGGGCGGUGCUUCCCGGGUAGGAAAAGAUGAAGCCAUAGGGGCGGGACCCAUCGAUUUGACAGCGCCAGCGGAUGUCGACGCCCACACGUCUCAGACGUCAGGCGUGCAUUCUCAGUCUCACGACAGCCCCCCUUCCGUGGUGGCCCACUCACACGAUCACCUGUCCCCACGCCAGCUCCAUCACGACUCCCGGCUCAAGACGCCGCCACGGCUUGAGAAGGCCAAACUGGAGGAAGAGGGGGAUGUCGCGGGGGGAGCGGAAACUAAAGAAGAGCUAGUGCCGCCGUCUCCUUUUGAAGACUAUAUGUGA